AUGUGUGCUUCAAGUGGUCCAUGUGUUUGCCUGAUGUGCUUACUGUAUUAUGGUUGGCAGGCAAAAGCUGAUACACCAAACAUAAGUGCUCAGAUAUCUAAACUUACAGAAAGCAUUGAUGCCACUGAAGAUUCAAAAGAAUUUUAUUUCAUGGAGAAAGACUUCUUUUUGAUGAAAUUGAUGACAAAAUAUGGAAAUGGAGGAGAGAUAACUUUUGAGGGAUUUGAACACAUGUUACACAACCUUGGUCUUGGUCUCGAUGAACAUGACCACUCAGAUGAACAUUACCACUCACAUGAUCAUAACAACACAGUAGAACAUGACCAUAGCGAUGAUCUUGACCACUCACAUGAUCAUGACCACAUAGAUGAACAUGACCACACAGAAGUACAUGACCACACAGAUGGUCAUGACCACACAGAAGAACAUGACCACAUAGAAGAACAUGACCACUCAGAUGAUCAUGACCACAGCAAUGAUCAUGACCACUCACAUGAUCAUGACCACAGCGAUGAUCAUGACCACUCACAUGAUCAUGACCACAGCGAUGAACAUGACCACUCACAUGAUCAUGACCACAGCGAUGAACAUGACCACUCGCAUGAUCAUGACCACAGCGAUGAACAUGACCACUUCAGGUGA